AUGGCACCAAACCCUUAUAUUGACGAGACGCCUGAGAAACUAGCCCUCCGUGUGCUGCAAUGUCACCGAUUACCCAAGAAAUGCGCAGAGAGAAAGACGGCUUUUGAGAACCUGAUUGAAUUGACGCGCAUUGGCGCGCCCCCUCUCAAGAUUGUGGCGGCACAGCAGAUCUCGAGGUUUCUUGAUGACUUCCCCGACCUCGAGGAGGACGCAAUCAACGCCGUGUACGACUUAUGCGAAGACUCACUAACUGAGGUCCGUGUCGAGGGAUACAAGGCGAUCGUCUCGGUGUCGAGAGCGAACAGGAAGUGGCUGAAGAGGAACGUGGAUGUGCUCGUCCAGCUCCUACAAAUCGACCAGGACCACGAAGUCCUCGUGGUGAAGACCGCACUUGGAGAACACCUCGAAAUCGACACCAAGGUCACCAUCUCCGUUCUCUGCGACCAACUGGUUAUUCCCAAGGAGCCCAUCACCGAUGAGGACGAGCGAACGACCCGCGAACGCCUCCGAUCACUCGUGCUAUCCUAUCUUGUCAACGACGCGAAGAAACUGAUCGUGGACGAGUGCAAGAAGAACCCCCAUCUCUCCCGUGAUGUUUUGUCCGCGAUACAGCCAGCUCUCCAACAAUUCGACCUGCAAGACCUCUGCACCCUGCUCGACAAGCUCGUAUUCGCUUUACCAGGCUACGCUCGCAGUGAAGACGGGACGACAGAUCUCUUUCCCUCCCUGAUCACGACUGCUGCAGAGUACAUCAAUCCACCCGAACUGGGCUCUGCGCGCCCUCUGCUAGAACUCCUCUUGUCACUCGCUACCGUCAGCAUGCCCCGGCUCGAAAAAUUCUUGAAAUUUCUUACUCCCAAGUUUCUACAAGGGAGUCGUCUUGAGAAGUACGACGCCGCAGAUAGAAUAGUCAUUCUCAGUGCAUUUGGCGAGGCGUUAUCCACUUUCCAGUUUCCCGGUAAGGUGCAGAUCAGGAAUGCGGCGUGGAACGUAUGUCCGUACGCGAUUCAGCAUUUGACCGAUCCAGUACACGACAAGGCCCAAGGCAAAGCCUUGAAGAGCAUAUUGGAUUUCUGCAUGCAGUGCAUAAGCCGCUGCCCGGACGAAACGCCCAAGAGUCAGCCACUCGUUGAAAGCGCAAGGAAGAUCACCGCCAACGAAGACCUCAAGCAUCUGCACCACAUAGCCAGGGUUCGCAGCGGACCCCUUGCUUGUUCUAACCUUUGUCCAACAUGA